AUGAUCCAUGAUCCAACACAGCCAGACAAACCUGGAUCAUUGAUUGUUGCGAGCAGGAAGACCAGCUUUCUUCUCUCAUUUCCCCUCGCUGCUCAGCUGGAGCCUGUGUCGCCUAGCACACCUUGCAGUUCUCCUAUUGAGACCGACCCAGACCUUCCUAGUCUUACCUCCACUUCCACUGGAUCUCUUGACCUUAGCUCCGAGCAGCUCGGUAUCCUGACAAGCGCUGAGAGAUCCAAGAAAAAGAGAGAAAUUCUAAGCUUGACUCCUUGA